UCUUUCAGCGCAUUAUGGAUUGUUUGAAAGAAGAUAACCCUUGAAUCAUAUACUUUGUUUCAUUCAGGGCUUUUCGAUCCCAACGUUCGGUACACGAGGUUCAAUAUGUGUUCACGUUCGUGGUUCGUGGAUGUGCUUUUCACACACAUGCCCUCCAUACUUUAUAUGGCAUACUUGUCAGUGCUCAGCUAUGCACCCCAAGAUAUAUAUGAGAAACACCGUCCAGGGCAAUUGAAGUACACGUUGAAUAUGUACGGUUGACUCGGAAUGGAAUAUCAGAUCCUUUUGGAGCAAUCUGCUGGAUUCAGGAAUUGAAACCGACGUGUCCAGCCUAUAGCACACUUGACUUGACGGGUUAUACGGAGCCAGCUUCCGAUUAGGAUCACAAACAAAAUACGCUCUUGCGCUUUAGAAAAAAAAUCCAGUGAAAAAGUGAAGCCCCCCCCCUUUUAAACUCUCACUGGAAAAAUCAUUCAUAGGAAGACAAGUUCGCAUGUGCAUAUUUGUAUUGCGUAAUCAGAUGGGCUAGAUCGACUCGUUAAUAGCUGAUUCUUAUUUAUUUCUUCUUCCACGCCUUCCACAGACUUGAUUGCAUUGCUCAGUCAUGUUUUUGGCAAGGAAUUAUUGUUCAGGUCUGAUGACUUCAAAAGUAAAGUCAUCUUGAGAAGUAUCUGACGUACAUUAGCGCCAUUAGAUUGAAAUAUGCACAGAUUCUAUCUCACCUAUUUUGGAUCAAUGCCAAAAAACUUUGUUGUGUUUUAUUAGUUCAACCAAAAUAACUUGGUUUUUCGUAACAAUGUCCUUCUACGACCUCAAAAACGACGAUCCCUUCUUGGGCCGAUGUUUGAUAGCCAAGGAUGACAUUCCCGAGGCCCAAAUUGUCAUCGAAGAACGGCCAAUCGUCCAUGGUUUGGCAAGAGAGUCUGAUUUGGCGUGCUUCGGAUGCUAUUCCCCUUUGGAUGAGGAUGACCCAGACGCCUGUGAAAAAUGCGGCCUACCAAUGUGCUCAAACGUGGAUCUUUGCCAAAGCAAUGCGGUUCACCAAGCCGAAUGUGAUAUACUACAGCACGCCGGUCGAGCUAUUAGUUUGACCCUCCUAGACGAUCUAGCCAUUCUCCAUGACGUGGUACUGGUCAUUCGUUUGCUCUCGUUGAGACAGGAUUCCUGUUCAUCAGAUUGGCAGGCCGUGGCUGGAAUGGAGUCCCAUUUAGAGCAAAGAUCCCAGGUUCCACAUAUCCAAGAGCGUGUGGGCAAGAUCAAGAACAUUCUCCUGAAUGAUUUAGCUCUACAGGGGACGGCUCCUGAGGAGAUUGUCCACCUUUGUGGCGUGCUGGAUGUGAACUCGUUUGAAUUGCCUUCCCCGCAUGGCACUGUUCAGGCUCUAUUCAAAGUUACUUCAUUUAUGGAACACAAUUGCGUUCCAAAUAUGCACAAGUCAUUCCUCAAUGGGUUUUCCAUUAUCCUGCGAGCAGCCAAGUUCAUUCCAAAGGGCUCUCACCUCAGCCUCACCUACACGGACUCAUUUUGGACAACCAUGGAUCGAAGAAACUUUCUUCUGGAGACCAAACAUUUCGAGUGUGAAUGUACUCGAUGUGCAGAUCCGUCAGAGCUGGGAACACAUUUGAGCACCCUCAAGUGCCCUAAAUGUCCCGUGGGGAACUUCAUGCCCGAGGAUCCAUUGGAUUCCACCUCUGAUUGGUCCUGCGACGCUUGUCUUAGCGUGCUUCCCUCAAAUUAUGCUCAAAACCUAUUGCAACAAGUGAACGAGACCUUAUCGUUAUUAGAGUCGGCUGAUCCCGAUCCAGAGCAAUGCGAAAAGUUUCUGCUGAUUCAUUCCCGGGUUCUGCAUCCCAACCAUGCCAUCAUGGUCGAUGUUAGCCAUACUUUGGUCCAUCUACUUGGCCAUUGGCCCGGAUACCUUAUGGCAGAUCUAACCGAGAGACAAAUGCAAAUGAAGGAGGAUUUGGCCCGAAACCUGCUCCGAAUAGCCGAGAAACUUUUGCCAGGGAUAUCGCGAUUGAGGAGCACGACCCUGUAUCAGUUGUAUUUGGUUCUCCAACAACGAGCGUACAAUUGGAUGAAAUCAGGAAACCGUAAUCAUCGAGACAUUGUUGGCGCUUUCGCGGUGGCCAAAACCAGUUUGUUGCAAUGCAUUGCAAUGCUGGAGUAUGAAUCUGAGGGAUCGCCAGAGUUUAGUUUGCUUGCAACGGCCAACGAUGAUUUAUUGAGCUUGGAAGAAUUUUUGGCACAGGCACAAAUAAAUUGAUUCGUUUAAAAGUGAACAUGAAUAAACGUGUUGUUCUGCACGUUAGCAAAAAUGGUGGUUGCCUUUAUCUUCAAUCCAACACCUCCAAGGGGCCAAAAAGGUAGCUUGAAGGAAGAUCCGCCUCAGAGUUUCCAAUGAAAUCAGAAUAGAGUUCUUGAUAACGUGUAAGGGAGAUACCUCCGUUCUUUAAAUCUU